AUGGGGCGAAAUUCUUCAUUCAAAGCUGUGAAAUUUAUCGACUCCACACACGAAGUUCUGCGAAGUUACAAUAAACCACAAACAUCUAAACGUAAAAGAACUAAGCUCACUGAGGAGCAGCUGGGUAUUUUAGAAAAAUCGUAUCGGACAAAUCACCAUCCGCCUUCCGAAACCAAGGAAUCAGUGGCUGCAAAAAUUGGCAUUCCUAUGAAGAACGUACAGAUUUGGUUCCAGAACAGACGUGCGAAGGAUAAAAAUAUAAAAGAGUACAUUGUGGCUGAAUCAAAGAGGAGACACGAGGAGUCAUAUUCUACAUUAAAUCGAAGAAUCGAUACGGAUUUUAUGAUCAGAGGCAGCUCUGUCAGCACCCAUCACCCAAGUUAUAAUUCUCCAGCACAUGAUCACGUUAUGUGUAAAAGUAGCACACGUAAUUCAUACGAUGGAUCAUAUGAUAGUCAUGACAGAUAUUAG